UACUAAUAUUUUGUGCUUAAUAUUUUUUUGUUUAUGGAAAUUAGGAACAAAAUGAGCUCGUAUCCGCCAGGUGCCGCGGGUCGCCCUUCACUGCUGCCAGCCUGCUGCUUAUUUUGGCCCUGCUGCCCGGCGCCUGUGAACGAGGAUGGUGGAUGAGGCAACACGCAAGAGUCUUGGGUCCAUUCCCCUCCUGCGAACUAAAGCUGGACCCAGAGACAAAGAGUUGUGGGUCCCUCGCCUCAAGGAGGAAUAUCAAGCACUCAUUAAGUAUGUUCAGAAUAAUAAAGAAGCAGACAAUGAUUGGUUCCGACUGGAGAGCAACAAGGAAGGCACAAGAUGGUUUGGCAAGUGUUGGUACAUUCAUGACUUGCUCAAGUAUGAAUUUGACGUCGAGUUUGACAUUCCAGUAACCUACCCAGCCACUGCGCCCGAGAUCACACUGCCGGAGCUGGAUGGGAAGACAGCCAAGAUGUACCGAGGGGGACGCAUAUGCCUUACAGAUCACUUCAAGCCACUCUGGGCUCGAAAUGUCCCAAAAUUUGGGAUCGCACAUGCUAUGGCGCUCGGGUUGGGUCCCUGGCUAGCUGUUGAAAUUCCCGACAUGAUUCAACGAGGAGUCGUCACGUACACCGAAAAGAAGAGUUGAUUCCACUUCCAUGUAGUAACUAAUGCAUUACAUGAUUUCCAAUGAAUUACACGGGGUAAGAUGAAUGGAGGUGAGAAAGGGUUCAUCCUCCAUUCCCCUUCUCUUCGUAUGUGACUCGCAUUAAGGGGAUAUUUAUGACUAUCUGUAUAUGUAGUCUUGCCUGUUUUAGUAGUUGAUCUUUCCUCCAUUGAUAGUUAAUUUUUUUGUUCAUCCUCCUCUCACUCCAUAUGUUGGUCAGAUUGGUUGUCUGUUUUUAAGCAUCUGGAUGAAUACCCACUUGGUGAAGCUUAAUAUUUGGGUCAUCAAAAAACAAGUUAGGCAAGGUUCACUUUAUGUAGAUACCUUCACAGAAGGCUACAAAUACUGGAGGCACAGCCAAAAAUGAACUCUUAACCUCACUAACAGUUUUAAAAUUAGGCCUCAGACAACUCCUCACCCAGUUUGUGACUGCUACAAAAAGUCAUACAUUCCCUGAUGAAUAA